UCGUUCAAGCCAAACAAUACACUGCUCUGAAAUGCAGUCCAUCUUAGUGGAAAUGCUUUUGAAGAAAUGGUAAAACUGAAUGUCUCAAAAUACUGGAGUAUCAGGUUUGUUACUGUGGGGUUGUGGGUGGGUAAGUAGUGAGUUGGAACACUUAUGUUGAAUAAGUAGUCUAUGCAUUUUGGUUGAGGUUUAUACAUUGUUGGUUGUUAUGGGUUUUUGUUGAUGUUGUCAAGGGAACAGAAUGCAAAUUAUUGAAAACAACACCUCAGAACUUGAUUUUAGAAGCAGUACCUAUUUCUGUUGCUAAUCAUUGACACUGAUUCUACUGCAGUUAAUUGUUUUGAUGGGAGAAGGAAAAACUACAUGCAAAUAUUAAUUUCAAGAUAAGAUCAGGUCUGUAGAUCAAACAUUACAUUGAAGUGCUAGAUUUUAUAAAGAAAAAUAAAAACCCUUGAAUGGCUACUAUUGGUAGUAUAUUCUGUUAUUUGUUCAAAGUUUGAAAACGUAUCUGAUCGUGCAGGUUUACGAGUUUGGAUCCCUCCAAACUUUUGUAUUAAAUAACUGAGGGAGACUUUGGACUUCAGAAUGGUGGAUUCAGGGAAUUUCCAUUGCCACAACUGCAGCAUGAGCUUUAGGUCCUUUGGACUAUUAGAGAAGCAUAAGGAUAAAUUUUGUAUAGGCAGUUGUUUUGGAGAUUCUUCCUUGUUAAAAGAAAACCCAAGAAGCCGCCUGCCUAAAAAUCAUGGAAUUCGAGUUAACAGAAUAAAUGAAGCAACAAAAAUAAACACUCCAGAUCAUAUGGAAAAGAAAAACAAGAGCAGAAGCUAUCUACAGCAACAAGAGGAAAAUAAUUAUCUUAGUAUCAAUUCACUCAAUGAAGGGGAAUUUAAUCUUUUGCAGAUACACCAACCUGAGGUCAGCUUGGCUGACAGUCGUGCCUUUAGAAGAUUGACUGAUGAGUUUCACAAACUACGGAUGUCAAUUGAAGAAAGCUUGCCCAUGUAUGGGUCCUGGCAAGAAGAGCAUGAGGCGAGUCCCAGAAUCCAGAGGGACUUGGAACACCAGGAACGCGUACGAGAAAUAGCAGAAGUGCACGGACGAUAUCUCGCAGAUAUUCAGACUCGUAACAGGGAAUUGGAGGGGCAAAGAGAUGAAAUCCGUCAUCGGUUAGAAGAGCUCUCAUCUAAAGAGAAUUUCGCAAUGCAUGUUGAACAGAUGUUGCUGGAACUCAAGGCACAGGAGGAGAAGAAUCAGCAUGCUUUGGAUUCACUGCGAGAGCAGAUUGAACUCCUUCAGAUGGACACUGUUGUCAAGCAAAGUUCAGUCAAUGUUGCGGAGAGCUCUUCAAUGGAGAAAAAGGAACAUAAAGUGACUCUUCCUUUUAUAUCAUUUCCCAGUUUUGACAGCCUAUCUACUGAAAUAGGAGCACUGAAACUAAUCUACAUUCAGAAUGGUGGGAAUGAUCCUGCUAUCCUUGCCCAGAUGAGUGGUCUUCAGGCAGAGGCUCAACAUCUGGAGAAGUCCAUUCGUCAACCAAAAGAGAGAAAGAAAAAACACGAGCCACCUCAUAAAUCACUGGAUGCUGAGCUCCUGGCUGUGGAACUUGAGAACCAGCUCCUGGAAGAUGAAAUACUGAAACUAAAGUUCCAAAGGGAAAGGAGGAAGCCUGUUGAUGAUUUGGAAAAGGAAAUACAGGAGAUGCAGCGUGAGCACGUAAACAAGAUGAGUGACCUGCAAGGAGAAAUUGAGAUGCUAAAAAGUGAAACGCACAAAAUGCGAAGAGGUUUGAGCUCACCUCAGCCACAGCCUGCUCGCUUGCCUCGUCCCCCUCCCCCACCCCCACCCCCUCCCCCACCUCCACAACUUGGUCUGAACCAACACACUUGGUUGCCUCACGUGGGCAAUGCAAGACCUCAGACACCACUGAUUGCCAAACAUUUACUGGAGCCCCCAGAUGCAUUGGGGCCUGCACCCUAUGAUCCAGUGGCAGGCUUUGUUGUCUUCUAUGAUUUUCUUCUUGGCCUUGAUCCAACAUACCGUCUCAUCCGCCUUGUUACUGGUUUGUACAGUAAUGGACAGGAAAUGGGGAAGCCAUCAGCCUUGCCUCCUGUGUGCUGUGAAAUGGGAAGUGGGCCUUACUACAUGUCUGAAGGGCUCAAGGGCAACCUUGCAAUUUUAUCUGCAAGGCAACCGGUGCCAAGAGUUCGCCCUGCCCUUGGAAUUUCUUUAGUAAUUGAGCUCCAAGCAGCUGGAGGCUUUGAUCCAUAUGGACAGGAAAUUCAGCGGCUGGUUUCCAGAGGCUGGGCAAAGAUAGACAUAUUUGAUCAUCACAACCAAGUUAUCAGUGGCCGGUGGAAAGUUCCAGUGCGAUCUCUGCCAGUAAACCCAUCCCUCUCAACUGGCCAGCUCAAUGGAAUUCCUCAGGUUGGCAGCGCUGAACUCCAUGUGAGAGUGUUAAAUGCACGAGAUGCUGAACUGCAGUCAAUGGCUGGUAUUGAUCCACACAAUGCAUCCAUGUAUCAGUAUCCACCUUUGGUGGCAGGCCGCUCUGUUCCUCCAGCUGAAACUCUGCCUCCUCCACAAUACCUCCCUUAUCAUUCUCGUGCUCAUUAUCACCCUCUCUCUUCCCAUACUGGUCAUGUUGACCUUCCUCCUAACGAUGGCCACAGUGACUACCACAAAACCAAUCAAAGACUUGAUGAAGAAAGCAACUUAAUUGCACAAACAUCCAGGGAAGAGGACAACAAAAAUGUACAGGAAGAAGCUCUUGUGUUUAUUGUGGAUCGUGUAAGAGGGGCCCCAAAUGGCGAUGGUAGCUUGAGAUUCGCUGGAUACCAUCAGAGAACAGGAAAAGUAAAUAUGUGUAUUUCGUGA